GGUCACGCGACGAUAUCUGCCGUCCAUGUCGCACGAGAGUUUGGAAUCAGUUCGGCUGAAACAGCACCUUACAGGUUCGGAGGUAGCGACCGUCAGGGUCCAUUGCUCGUGCAGUGGCCUGCCGUGGUCGUCAUGUUCAACGUGAUCGCAAGAAUGCCUCUCAGCUUCCUUGGAAGCGUUUCUUCACCGUUUGAUGAAAUCGUUGAGUCGGCCACUACCGAAAAGCAAGCUAGUGAGAACUGGUAUCUAAUUCUGGAAAUCUGUGACCGGGUAAGUCAAGGCGACAGCAAAGCUGGAAAGGAUUGCCUUCUCUCACUGAAAAAGCGCCUGAACCAUCGCGAUCCGCACGUCAUCAUGGCUGCGUUGUCGGUCUUAGAUUCGUGCGUUAGCAACUGUGGCAAAAACUUUAAAGACGAAGUCAGCAGUAAAGAGUUCGUCAGCGAAUUGCGUUCCAAAGCUACAGGAAGCAACAGACUGAUCGCGGAAAAAACUCGAGCGCUGAUUAAGCGGUGGUGUGACGAAGAAAACGCGGAUCACUCGUUAGGAAGCAUACAAAUUUUGUACGCCGAUCUUUUGCGCGAAGGAUUUGAUUUUGCUGUUGAUGACGGAACGAAGAAAAAGACUUCUUCCCAUACUCCUGAUCCAACCGUUCUCAAAAAGGAAGAGGAGGAUUUGGCAAAAGGUAUUCUGCCGAAUUUCAUGGUCAGUCAAAUAGCCAUCCAGUUGUCCCUAAAGGAAGGCCAGCCGCAGGUGCACAUUGAGCCGUUGUAUCUAACCAAACCGACAUCUGCCAUUGUUGGCAAGACCGCGAAGGCGCUGUAUGAUUUCGAAGCUGCUGAAGACAACGAGCUGACAUUCAAGGCCGGUGAAUUCAUCACUGUCACGGACGAUAGUGAUCAGAACUGGUGGCGAGGCACAAGUCAUCGUGGAGAAGGUCUUUUUCCAGCCAGCUUUGUUUCUUUCGACUUAAACGUUGCUGUGGAACAAAAGAAAUCGGUGACGUUUGAUGAUGCUGUUGCCGUAACGUCGGUCGAAUACACGGAGAUUCGUGAAUCCCCUAAAAUUGACGAGCAUAAACUGGACCGCUGCCUUGAACUUCUUCAGGACACGGACCCAACUGGGCAAAGACCAGACGUUCCGGAACUUCCUGAAUUAGAAGAACAGUGUCUGGCAAUGGCGCCGUUGAUCGAAAAAGAAAUCGAACGUAGCGACAACCUUCACAAUCAGCUCAGAGAAGUAAACGCGAAACUGAUCGACGCAUUGAAUUUGUACCAUUACUCAAUGAAAGACACAUCGCCUCCAGUUCAGACAGUAACAGUUCCUGCAGUUGAAGCUUGUUGCAGAUAUCUGUAGCU